CCAGACCAUGAGAUUGUGCGGGCGGAUAUGGGCUUCGUCACAAAUAAGAUAAGGCCCAGCAAUGGGCUUUAGCCCAAAACAUUAAACCCAAUGGAGCCCUUCCAUGUUUGCAAAAUAAGGGGGUUAACUUGAAGAAAUGUGACCGGUCGACAGUUGAGUCGGUUGGACCAGCCGGUCCAGUCCGGUUAGUACUUUUCAUUUCAACUCGGGGUAAGCCCGUCACAGAAGGACCCUUUGCCAUGUGCACUGGUUUAAUCUCUUCUUGUCAGGACUCAUAUCUCAGACUUGGUGUCUCUACUGCUCAGUAAUGGCUGCUGCUGCUGCUUCUUCUUCGCCUUCUCAGGGGCGCUAUGACGUGUUCCUGAGCUUUAGAGGGGAAGACACCCGCAAUAACUUCACUGCCCAUCUCUGUGAGGAGUUGCGCACCAAAGGAAUCAACACUUUCAUAGACGAGGAGAAGCUCGAGAGAGGGCAAGCCGUAUCUGCUGCACUUGUUUCUGCUAUUGAAAACUCCAUGUUUUCUAUCAUUGUUUUAUCAGAAAAUUAUGCAUCUUCUAGAUGGUGUUUAGAGGAGCUGGUGAAGAUAAUACAGUGCAUGAAAAACAGCGGACAUAGGGUUCUCCCAAUUUUCUACAACGUCGAUCCCUCGGAUGUGAGAAAUCACAUGGGAAAAUUUGGAGAAGCCUUGGCUAAACAUGAAGAGAAUUCCAAGGAGGGUAUGGAGAGGGUGCAGAUUUGGAAGGAUGCUCUCACUCAAGUCACUAAUUUCUCUAGUUGGGAUUCAAGGAAUAAGAAAAUGAAAAAAUUGAAGGCAUAUUCCUCAACUUGUCUCAUUCACAAGAGAUAAUAGACUCCAGCACUCAAGCCUUCCCAAGGAUGUAUAAACUAAGAUUGCUCAAAGUCUAUGAAUCUAACAAAAUUUCAAGAAACUUUGGAGAUACCUUAAAUAAGGAGAAUUGUAAAGUGCAUUUUUCUCCAAACUUAAGAUUUUGUUACGACGAAUUGAGGUACUUAUAUUUGUAUGGAUACUCUUUGAAAUCAUUGGACAAUGAUUUCAAUGCAAAGAAUCUUGUUCACCUCAGCAUGCAUUAUA